CUUCGUCUGCGCCUUGAGCAGGUCUCGCACGCGUUCCACAUUGGCUUCUGCCUCAACGAGCACACGGCUGUGCUUGCGGGACGAGGAGUGCUUAACUCGGGGCUGACGCGCUUUGGUGGUGUUGCCGUGGUCUGCUGGUUGUACACGCUUCUUCUGGGUAUUGCCCGCCAGGCAUACCUGUUGGCAAAGCACAGUCCCAGGGGUUCCUGCAAGGCCCUUUUACCGGAGGAUGCGGAGAAGAAGGUUGUCCCGUACACGCACGAGGAAUGCAAGCGCGCUGUGGUGAACCUGGUGAAGAUGAGCUGCUUUGCCGUGUUUGCAAAGACGUGUCUGCCUGAGGGCAGGCCGAAGCUGCUGCAGGACGUGUGUGGUCCCUUGGUGCCCCUGCACGAGUUGAUCAGGGCGAUUGCCCCUAACAAGCUGCACCUGAGUGACACUGUGCGUGGUCUGUUGGCCGCCACCGCCUCAUUGUGCGACUUCUAUUAG